CAGCAAGAGGGAGGUUAGGGGCGGGGCCGGCGGCCAGACAGCGGAAGUGGAAGGGCGCCUUCCUUGCUCAAGAGGAAGGAAAAACUUGCGGAAGCAGCCCCGAGCCUCCAGUAGCAGAGAAGUAUCUUGCGAAGGGUCUCUGGGUGCUAAGGGGAUGGGACGCCAGGCCGAUUGACGGUGUACGCCCGCCAGGUCGCCGGAGGCGUCUCCAAGAGCUAGGUGGGAAGAUGCGGAGGGGGCACUCGGGUUUGUAGUGCCUGAAUCCGUUUGCAUUGCACAUUCUAACAGCGAGGAGUGAACUUAGGACCCCCCUCUCGCUCCUGUCUUAGGAAGAGUCUUUUACGGAACCUCGUGGAAAGUGUCACCAAAGUACUGUAGCCAGGGCUGCAGAAUAUUUUUUUUCUGCCGUGCUUUCUGAACAAGCAUCGGACCGAUUUUAGCAGCUUUGGCCGGAAGUGUGGCUUAAGUCCAUCAGAACGCCGCGCUGACCUGCGUGGGCGGAGCCAGAGUUGCGCCUGCAGUCGGGCGUGAUAGCUCACGCCGCCUGUAAUUCCAACUUUCCAGAGGUUGAGGCAGGAGGAUUCCUGCGAGUUCGAGGCUAGCUUGAGCUGCACAGAUAGACCCAGUCUCAAAAACAACAAAAACCAAACAGUUUGGCCCACCCGGAACAUAGCGCCGGAAGCGUGUCCGUGUAGAAACACUGCUCGGAGAGACAGGAAGUGUUCCUAGGCGGAAGUUUCAGGGGGAAGCUUUAGCACCUAGGACACUUCCUGAUUCCUAGUAACAAUAGGAAGUGUCCGCGGAACUGGGGUAGACUCUUGGCUCAUACCUGCCGUGCCCUGUUACCUCUAUCUCCUUCUCUCCCCUCUUCUUUCCCUCAUCUGCCACUCCCGGGAACCCUGGCUGAGUGUGCCUGUGUAUGCGAGCUCGAGAACCCUCGCACCAGCAACCACUUAGGGCUCGCGGCUGCAGUUAGGGUAAGGGUCCCAGUGCGCAGGCGCGCUCCCGUUCACGACCUCCAACGGACGCGCCGGCGGCGGGAACCAGAAGGCACUCCUGGUGCGAGGUAGGGAUCUAGAGAGGAAAUUGGCAGAAAAGACGAAUGACUCUGGAGAAUCAGGAUGGUGGUUGAUUAGGGAAAGGGACUCUUUAAGUGAAGAAGUUUUGAGAAGAGAGAAUUCUGGGAACAGACUCAGCUGGUGAGAUUAGAAAUAGUUAUUUUAGGGUCCCAGGAGACUGGAGUUAGGCUCGGAGAAAGGCAAGAUGAAGUGAUGGAAAUCAGUGGCAGCUACUGGGGAAGCGGGAGCUUUGUAAUGAAGAUUGCCUCUUGCAGUGAGUUUAUGUGAAAACUGGGGAAACAUAGGCAUUGGGUUUAAUGGCAUAAAUACACUUAGAAGGCGGACCUGGUGGCCCACGACUUUAAUCCCAGCACCUGUGAAGGUAGAGCUACAUAGUGAGACCGUGUCUGAAAUGCCUCCCUCCCCAAAUCAGACUACACUUGAAAGCAGUGUCUGGCACGGUUGCUGUCAUCUUUAGACAGUAGAGAGGAAGUAGAAGAGAAAAUAAAAAUGAUGGUGACAGCAAGGUGAGGCAGGCACGGCACAGAGAAAGAAACGGGUUAAAGUGAAAUCCAACCUGAGCUGGGGCAGGAUUUAAAGCAGGUAAGGGAAACAAAUGCCCUCCAGCAUUAGGAAAGAGUGCGGCUGAAAGGCCGCGCAGGGGCGGGUGCCGCCCUUGCUUUGAAAGGGUCUCCACCGUCUAGGAAGCCUUAGGUGGCAGCUGAGAGAGCAGCUUUCAGACCAUUCGGUUUAGCCGAGGGGUGAAGAGAGAAUUGGACUUCUCUUUUUCUAAGGCCUGGUCAGUUGUUGUGGCUCUCACGUGUUAUCUGAGCUCUCAAGAGACCAAGGUAGGAAACUCCAUAAACUUGAAGCUAUCCUGGGCUACAUAGGGAGUUCCAAAGCAGCUUGAGCUGCAGAGGGAGCUAAGACCUUACCUCAAAACAACACCACCACCAGAGCAAGAAAUAGUUUGGUUUAUUGUUAAAGCUCAUAGGUUGUUGUUAGUUUGUCCUGGAAUUAUAGAGAGCAGAGCCCUGGGAACAGUAAAAUCUUAUUAUGUACUGUCUAAACAAAACCAGUUAGGUCUGUCUAGAGCCUAACUAAACUCUAGUCUUUAGUUCACUUAUCUCUGGCACUAGAGAUGACUUGUGCCUAGGGGAACUUUUCUAGAAAUUUGUGCUUAGUAGGGCCAGGCGGUGGUGGCAUACGCCUUUAAUCCCUGUACUUGGGAGGCAGAAGCAGGUGGAUCUCUGUGAGUUUGAGACCAGCCUGGUCUACAGAGCGAGUUCUAGGACAGGCUCCAAAGCCACAGAGAAACCCUGUCUCAACCCCCCCCCAAUAGAAGUUUGUGCAUAGUAAAGCUUCAAAUGAUGACACCGUCAGACCUAAUAAAAACUAGGCCACUUGGCAUGGAUGGUGGAGAGACCUCUCAGUGACUUCUAGUGAAUGUGGUGCUCAUAUAGCCAAGAACAAAGUUGAUUCAGUCCUUCCUUCUGACUACUGCCCCCUCUUUCUAGGCCUUGGCCCCUUCUGCAGAGAAAGAUGCUGCUGCCGCCUGUCUGUUCCUCCUGAACCUCUAGGUUUUUCUACUGCAUUGCCCAUGGAGGACAUGCCCCUUUCAUUCAGCUGCUCUGACUGUCAGCGCCACUUCCCUAACCUCCCAGAACUGUCACGGCAUCGAGAACUGCUCCACCCAUCUUCUAACCAGGACAGUGAGGAGACUGACAGUUCCCCCCACCCCUCUGGAAGUCAGCAGUGUGGGCGUGGCUACCAUCACCCAGGGACCUCUGUCAACUACCAGCAGAACCUUGAAACUGGUCUUUUCCCCUGUACCACCUGUGGCAAAGAUUUUCCUAAUCCCUCGGUCCUCCAGAGCCACAUGAGGACUCAUGCUCCUGAGGUUCCCCAAAGGCACAGGCCCCCACAUGCCAGGGAGACCACUUCACACAGUCAGAGUGAAUCCUGGAGCCAGAGACUUGCUUCUAGGGAAGGUUGGGAAAGUCAGGCAAAGCGUAUACAAGAGACAAGCGAAUGUGACUCUGGAGCUGAUCCCAGGGUAGCUCCAGGUACUUGGGAAGAUCCACCGACCAAACCAAGAGGAGGCCAAGAAAUCCAGCCAGAUGCUAAAGAAAGUGCAGAGGACUGGGUACCCGCCACCAAUUCUGAUGGAGCACCAUCGCUCCCCACUCCAGCUAGCAACCUCCUUAGCAAUUUGGAGCAGUAUUUGGCUGAAUCAGUAGUGAACUUCACGGGGGGCCAGGAAUCCACUGAGCCACUUCCUGCUGAGGAGGAGCGAAAAUACAAGUGCAAUCAAUGUGGGAAGACCUAUAAGCAUGCUGGGAGCCUCACCAACCACCGCCAGAGCCACACUCUGGGGAUCUACCCUUGUGCCAUCUGUUUUAAGGAGUUUUCUAACCUCAUGGCUCUGAAGAACCACUCUCGACUCCACGCUCAGUAUCGGCCUUACCACUGUCCCCACUGCCCUCGCGCUUUCCGGCUGCCUCGGGAUCUACUGGAGCAUCAGCAGUCCCAUGAGGGGGAAAAGCAGGCACAGCCAUGGGAAGAGAGAGAGAUGCCUACCACGAAUGGACAUUCAGAUGAGAGGAGCUGGAAUCAGCUGCCUAAAACACAGAUGCUGAAUGGCUCUGGGGAGCUCAGCACUUCUGGGCAGCUAGAGGAUGGUAGCCCAGAGGAGUAUCGACCUUUCUGUUGCGGGGACUGUGGCCGUACUUACCGUCAUGCAGGUAGUCUCAUCAACCAUCGAAAGAGCCACCAAACAGGUGUCUAUACCUGUUCAGUUUGCUCCAAGCAGCUGUUCAAUGCAGCUGCUCUGAAAAACCAUGUUCGUGCUCAUCACAGACCCCGUCAAGGGGCCGGGGAAGAAGUGCCCUCAACUGCCCCUAUGUUGGCUGAGACUGCCCAAAAAGAGGAAGAGGUCCCCUCGAGCAACCUGGACCAUCGUCCCUAUAAGUGCAAUGAGUGUGGUCGGGCUUACCGCCACAGGGGGAGCCUGGUGAACCACCGCCACAGCCAUCGGACAGGAGAAUACCAGUGUUCGCUCUGUCCUCGAAAAUACCCCAACCUUAUGGCUCUGCGCAACCAUGUGCGUGUACAUUGCAAGGCUACACGCCGAAAUACAGACCCAGGGACGGAGGGUUCACCUAGCCCUGUCAAGAAGGAACAACCUGACCCAGUGGGAACAGAAGCAACAUUCCACACAGAUCAGGGGCAAGUAUACAAACAUGAAGAAGAGGCCACAGUAGAUAAGACAACACAACAGAUAUGUAACAUUUGUGGGAUGCUCUUUGAAGAUCUCAAGAGUCUUGAACAUCAUGGCAUGACACACAAGGCAGGGGAAGGAGAAAAGAACAGGACAGACAGCACCGUGUCACCACCUAGAGCAUUUGCUUGUCGAGACUGUGGAAAGAGCUAUCGCCACUCAGGCAGCCUUAUCAACCACAGGCAGACCCACCAGACUGGAGACUUUAGCUGUGGGACCUGUGCCAAGCAUUUCCAUACCAUGGCUGCCAUGAAGAGUCAUUUACGACGGCACAGUCGGCAGUGGCGCAGGAGGCAUCAGAAACAAGACAGCACUGGUGCAGAAGAGUCCGAACUUGCACCUACGGGUGCCUGGACCCAGAAGAUGGAGAAUGAUGAAGACCUAGAUUCUUCCCAAGACCCUUUGAGAGAAAGUCCUUGUGGGGCUGAAGACAGCCUGGAAAGGGAUGGGGGCUGUUUGCAGGCGGGAUCUAAAGCCAGCGAAUAUGGGCUUGGAAGGGGUGAAGCCUGUUUCCUGGGUGAUAAAGAAGACCCUGGCACUGAGGAAGGACUAGAAAAAAAAGAGUCCUGUUUCCUUGAUCACUUGGACAUCCCAGGUGAUGAGGAAAGCAGUAAAGCUGGCUUCUGUGACAGCCUCGCUGAGGUGGGUAGUGACCAGAAGCCAGACAUUUGCCAGUCCGACUCCUCCCACCCUGCUGACACUAACACUGUCUGGAAGGCCGAAGUCACUCACACAUGUUCUGAUUGUGGGGAGUCUUUCCCCCAUGCUGCCGGCCUGUUGAGCCAUAAACCCUGCCACCCUCCAGGCAUCUAUCAGUGCUCUCUCUGUCCAAAGGAAUUUGAUUCUCUGCCUGCCCUGCGUAGUCACUUCCAGAACCACAGGCCAGGGGAGGCAGCCUCCGCACAGCCCUUCCUCUGUUGUCUGUGUGGUAUGAUCUUCCCUGGAAGGACUGGCUACAGGCAUCACCUGCGCCAGGCUCACGGCACUGCUGGCAUACCUGAGGGCUCGGAGGAGGAGGAGGACGAGGGCACAGCAGAAGCGGCCUCUACCCACAGUCCUCCCCUACAGCUCUCAGAGGCAGAGCUGCUGAAUCAGCUCCAGCGGGAGGUGGAAGCUCUCGAUGGAGCAGGGUAUGGGCACAUUUGUGGUUGCUGUGGUCAGACCUAUGAUGACCUGGGGAGCCUAGAGCGGCAUCACCAAAGUCAAAGUUCCAGCAAUACGACAGAGACUGUUCUUAGCCACUUGGAAGGAUCAGUUGAUUCGAUAGAAAUAGUUACGGAUCAUGUCUUUGAGGGCACAGUGACUUCUGUCUCAGAAGAGGGUAAGGACACUCAGUCUGAGGAGGGAGUAGAUGGCACAGUUGCAGACGGCCUUUGCAUGCAGGCUGGUGAAAGCUUUCCUGAGUCCCACCCCCGCCCUUUCCGAUGUAACCAGUGUGGCAAGACCUAUCGACAUGGAGGCAGCCUGGUUAACCACCGGAAGAUCCAUCAGACAGGUGACUUCAUCUGCCCUGUCUGUUCUCGCUGCUACCCCAACCUGGCUGCCUACCGGAAUCAUCUGCGGAACCACCCUCGCUGCAAAGGUUCAGAACCCCAAGUAGGUCCUAUCUCAGAGGCAGGAGGCAGCAGCGAACCCCAGAAUGUGGCAGAGGCAGGGCAGGAACAGGCAUUAAUGGGGCAGCUCCAAGAAGAACUUAAAGUGGAGCCGUUGGAGGAGCCGGCAAGGGUGAAAGAAGAAGUGUGGGAGGAGACCACUGUAAAGGAGGAGGAACUGGAGCAGAGGUUGGAGACAGCAGAGAAAGGCUGUCAGACUGAAGUCAGCUCUGAGCGGCCCUUUAGCUGUGAAGUAUGCGGCCGUACCUACAAGCAUGCCGGCAGCCUCAUCAAUCACCGGCAGAGCCACCAGACUGGCCACUUUGGCUGCCAGGCCUGCUCCAAGGGCUUUUCAAACCUCAUGUCCCUUAAGAACCACCGGCGCAUCCACGCAGACCCUCGCCGUUUCCGCUGUAGUGAAUGUGGGAAAGCCUUUCGCCUGCGGAAGCAGCUGGCCAACCACCAGCGGGUCCAUACUGAGCGACGGAGGGGUAAGGGCACCCAGAAGCUUGCUCGUGAGGAUCAGCCUUUCAGGUGUGGGCAAUGUGGCCGGAACUACCGCCAUGCUGGCGGCCUCCUGAGCCAUCGGUGCAUCCUUGAGACAGGCCAGUACAGCUGCCCCUUCUGUUUUAAGACCUAUUCUAGCCGCACAGCCCUGAAAGACCACCAGAGGCUGCAUUCUGAUAGCCGGCGGCGGCGGGCACCCCGGAGGGCAGCAGCUGUACGCUGUACCCUUUGUGGCUGUGGCUUUCCUGGCCAGGGAUCUCUGGAGCGGCAUCUGCAGGAGCAUGAGGAGAGCAAACUAGAGCUGGCCAGUAGCCAGGGAGGCCCACAUGGUACCGAAGGCAGUAAGGAAGACCUUGCUGAUGACUGGGGAGUCGAGGGCAGGUCAGAAGGGAUUCAGUCGGUACUGCAGCUGGAGCAUGGAACCGAGAGGCCUGGGGAGCACAUGCAGAGUCCCAGCAGACCAGCAGCAGGUCCAGAAGUCACAGAAUUUUUAUCUUGGGAAGUGGGGAAGGUAGAUGGGUGUCAAGGAGACAGGGGACAAAUGAAUCACAAUGGUGCCUGGGGUCUUCAGGAUAAGUUGACCAAGCCAGAAGGCAAGUUGGAAGACACUGUGUCCAGGAAUCCUUUUCAUCUCUCUGAGAGCCAGUCCAAUGGUCCUUCUGCAAGUUAUAUGGAUAGCUGGGAUGGUGGAAACAGCAGCUCUCAGCUCCAACCACAGAGCAGCCCUUAUUGCUGUAGUCAGUGUGGAAAGACCUACUGCCAACCUGACGGCCUCUUGAAUCCCGGCAUUAACAAGAGAGACUGUCACAGUUGUUUGCACUGUUCCAAAGAGCUGUUGAGUACUGUGACCACCACGAUCAAUAACCACACUGCUGCCCAGAUCUUUGCUUGUAGUAACUGUAGCAAAGUGUUUGAGUCCCACAGUGAGCUGGCCACACACAUGCAGACUCAUGCUGUUGACCAUAAUCAGGCGCCAAGUCAGACAGAGGAGACCAGAGAUCCACAAGCUGGCAUGGUAGAGGUGAAUCCCCCUGGUCCAGGGACAGCUCAGGAGGCCCCAUCCGAACCUCCUAGAGACCCAGAAGAGAAUGGGGAGCCAGCUAAUGGAGGACAAGGAACAAAUUUGACAGCAGCUGAAGACAAGGAACGUCCCUUUUGCUGUGCUCAGUGUGGGCGCUCUUACCGCCAUGCUGGAAGCCUGCUGAACCACCAGAAGGCUCAUACCACUGGACUCUACCCCUGCUCCCUGUGUCCCAAACUUCUGCCCAACCUACUGUCUCUCAAGAACCACAGCAGGACCCACACAGACCCCAAGCGCUACAGCUGCAACAUCUGUGGCAAGGCUUUCCGAACAGCUGCCCGGCUACAGGGCCAUGGACGUGUCCAUGCCCCCCAGGAGGGACCGUUCACCUGUUCUCAUUGUCCCCGCCAUUUUCGUCACCAAAUGAGCUUCCUGCAGCACCAGCAGCAGCACCAGGAGGAGUGGACCAUGUCUAGCUCAGGUAUGUGAGGAGCUUCAACGGCACCAGUAACAAGCAGAGGGGACUCAUCUACAGCCUCACACCUGGACCCCUCACCCCAGUGGCCUGCAGACCUCAACUUCUCCCUCUGAACUUCAGGUCUCCAAAGAACAGUUCACUGAAGCUGGGGAUGCAGGCAGGCAGGAGAGAGAGAGAGGCUUCAUCUCCACAGUUCGCUCAGGAGUUGCUUGGGCAUCCUCAUCUCUUCCCAUGAAGAGGACCCUGAUCUGGUUUCUUUCUCAAGAAGGGCGUGAGGUAGUCUUCGUGUCUAUCCAUGAAGGAUCUCCUUCCCAAGCCUUUGUCACCGUAUUCUUCCAGGGCCAGGCUCUGCCACAGUGCUGGGAUAGGCUGAUUCUAACCCAGGGAGAGGCAUAUUCAGAGUGCACCACAGGUGGGAAGGUUGCCUGUGGAAGGGGAGCCUUUUACUAUAGUUUGUAACUUAUUUUCUAAAAUCUAUUUUGUAACAAUUUAUUUAAGUUUUAAAAGGAAAAUUGCUUCCCACUCCCCCCACCAAAAAAACCCACUUUUUUUUCCACAA